UCUCGUCUGCAUUAGCAAUAUUUACCGGAUUACCAGAUAAACAAGAAAUUAUGAAAUAAAAAAAUGCGAAAGCUAAUGUAAUUAUUGAGUUAAUAAGUACAGUAAUAAAGUGGUUCUUCUAUUCAUUCACUGCAUAUCCAGACUGACAUCAAUCUCUCUCUCUCUCUCUCUCUCUCUCUCUGUCGCUCGCUCGCUCAUAACAGCCGUGCACGGUUCCCGGGCGCUCAGAGAGAGGUCGGACAGCCGUCGAGCGCAAGCACACACACACACAUCCGUGUCCUCUCAUCGGAUCAUCUGGACCCGCUCGGUGUCGGAGUCCCUCUUCGGUCAUGCGGGACGCAUCGGCACCGGAGCCGGCGCUCGCGCACACACCCGAUGGCGGCCCGUGAGCGCGCCGGGACCCAGCAUGUCCAACCGAACCGAGUCCGAGCCGCGGGAGACGCUGGCGCGCGCGCUCACCGGCUGCCUGCUGUGCGCUCUGAUCCUCUGGACUCUGUUCGGGAACAUCCUGGUGUGCGCCGCCGUGCUGCGCUUCCGCCACCUGCGCACCAAAGUUACGAACAUCUUCAUCGUGUCGCUGGCCGUGUCGGACCUGUUCGUGGCCGUGCUGGUGAUGCCGUGGAAGGCGGUGGCGGAGGUGGCCGGAUUCUGGCCGUUCGGCGCGUUCUGCGACAUCUGGGUGGCGUUUGACAUCAUGUGCUCCACCGCGUCUAUCCUGAACCUGUGCGUGAUCAGCGUGGACCGCUACUGGGCCAUCAGCAGCCCGUUCCGCUACGAGCGCAAGAUGACCCCGCGCGUGGCCUUCGUGAUGAUCGGCGCGGCGUGGACGCUGUCCGUGCUCAUCUCGUUCAUCCCGGUGCAGCUGGACUGGCACAAAGCCGCCGCGGAGCCCAACGCCACGGACGACGACAGCUGCGACUCGAGCCUGAGCCGCGAGUACGCCAUCUCCUCGUCCCUCAUCAGCUUCUACAUUCCCGUGGCGAUCAUGAUCGUCACCUACACGCGGAUCUACCGGAUCGCGCAGAUCCAGAUCCGGAGGAUCGCCUCGCUGGAGCGCGCCGCCGAGCACGCGCAGAGCUGCCGGACGAACCGGCUCGCGUGCCAACACCACAGCAGCCUGAAGACGACCAUCAACCGCGAGACCAAAGUCCUGAAGACGCUGUCCAUCAUCAUGGGCGUGUUCGUGUGCUGCUGGCUGCCGUUCUUCGUGCUCAACUGCGUGGUUCCGUUCUGCCACAAAAAGCCGUCCGCGGGCCUGCCGUGCGUCAGCGACACCACGUUCGACGUGUUCGUGUGGUUCGGCUGGACCAACUCGUCCCUCAACCCCGUCAUCUACGCCUUCAACGCGGAGUUCCGCAAGGGCUUCUCCAGCCUGCUGGGCUGCCGGAACCGCUGCCGGACUCCGGUGGAGACGGUGAACAUCAGCAACGAGCUCGUGUCCUACAACCAGGACACGCUGUUCCACCGGGAGGUGGCGAGCGCCUACGUCAACAUCAUCCCGAACGAGGUGGACGACGCGUUCGACCGGAUCUCGCAGCUUUCGCGGGACAACGAGGACUCUGUGUGCGAGCUGGAGUGCGAGGCGGGCGGUGCGUUCACGCCGAACGGAGUCCACUGACCGCGAGGGCCGGACUGGAGUGUUUCUGAAAAGUUGCCCAGUUGUUGUCACAUGACCGCGCUGCUGUUUGACCCGGUGAGUCCCGUUAUCACGCGCGCAGCUGCUGAAGCUGUGAAAGCAGUGCGUUAACUCUGGUUAUAGUGCCUGAAGAACCUUCCACUGUGCUGAACUCACCGAUAAACAGAAACAACUCACGGAGAGUUCAGACCGGCUCUUGGAGUCAGUCAGAGUAUUUCUAAAGCGUUUUAUCAUUUCGAAGCAGCUUCACAGUAAUAAACGCUGGUAGUGAUGUGCGAAUUAAUAAUAGUGUCAUGAUUCAGAUCGGUUCAGUGCAGAGCCCCGCACAUGGCAUGCAGGAAAAAAUAAAUAAAUCGUGCGCACGAUUUAUAAAUUGAGAGAACGAAUUAUUAAAUUGUGCGCACGAUGUAUUUAUUUUCUCUUGCAUGUCAUGUGCGGGGCUCCGUGGUUCAGUGUUCAUUCUGAUAAAUUUCUCGACAGUGAAAUAAAUUGUAUUCCGCUGUAAUCCUCACAUCCUCAGACUGUGGCUAACGUUCCGGCAAUGUUCUCAAAGUUACGAACAAACGUUCUUCCAGUAACUUUAACAGAACGUUCAGAGUGAUCUGCUCUUUAAUAACGUUUUCAAAGCGUUCGCACGAAAACAUUAUUUAGACAUCAUUCAUGCAGUGCUUGUUCCUGAAACGUUUCAGUUGGACGUUCAUCUAAUGUUUUUUAAAUCUUGCUACUUGUUUCAGAACACUCAAAAGUAGCGUUCCCAUAAUGUGUGCGCAGUGAUACAGUGGGAUGUUCCCCAACAUUUGCUUAACCAGGAGAAACUCUUUUAAAUGAUUUUUCUUUUCUUCAUAACUUAAUGUAAACGUUAGAAAAACAUCCAAAGCUUUGCUAGCAGCAGCUCUACAGAAGAGCAUAGAUUCAUUAUUCAGAUCAAAGUCAAACCAGCAAUAUUACUGAAUAUUAAACCUCAUGUCAUGCAAACAUGAAAACAACAGAAAUAAAUCAUCAACAUAAAUUACUACAUCUGAACUCAGAAUAAUCACAAAUAUUCAUCUGUCACAUACACAUGGAUAGACUUGAUUUCCGUUCACUAAUUUAUGCAGUGUGUGAUUUUCAUAUUCAGUAUUUCGCUCUUGUUUUGCAGUACAAACAUCUAAAGACCCUUAAAUCAAGAUACAUUUACUGGAGAAGCACAAUGACAAGAUAUUAAUGUUGUUUUCUGAAAAAACAUUAAGAAAGUUUAUGAUUAAAACAAGAACAAAUAUCGUUCAGAAGAAUAAACUUAAUUCAAAGUGAAAAGUGUAUUUUUUCUGACCCCGCUGACAGAUAUUUUCUCUUGCUUUAAGCAAAAACUAACUUUUUUUCUG